AUUAUAGUCAUUUUGAAAAAACGGUGUAAUUAUUCCAAAUAUAGCCCUAAUCAUCUGUUUACAUUGUUGUUGACAAAGGAAAGAAGGCGAAGGGCUGUUAGGGUUGUUUUGGUAAUUUUGCUCAAUUUAAGCUGCCUUAUGCGUGAUUUUGCAGGGCCAUUAACGACCCCACCAAAAGUUCGAGGGAGAAACACUUCAUGGCACUGUAAUGGCUUCGAAUUGCAGAGACUUGGUGGGGAAAUCUCAGCUUCUGUCUUGAAAUCUCAGCCCCUUCGCCAAAAUAGCGUCUAAUUGUGAGGGGAGAGUAGAGGGAUAAAAAUUGGAUUUUCCUAUGAGGAGAGAGAAAGGCAUCCUUGUGAUGGCAUCUUUGUUGUUGCUGGUGGACAGGAGAGAAAAUUUGGGUUUUUUGGCCGGAAUCUCUGGACAUGAGAGAGAAAGUUGGGUUCUUUGGCGUGAAUCUUUUGCAGUGAGGCGCCGUUAAAUUGAGUCCUUGGAGUGCUGAGAUUGAAAGAGGAAUAUUGGAUCGUGAAAAGUGAUGGGAAAAGUAGAGAGAGAGUAAGAAUACACAUUGAAACUCAACAAAUACGCAGUGUUUAAGCCAGACUCGCCUGGAGAGCCCAUGAUAGUCUGGUGCCGAGUCCGGCUUUUUAAACACUGGCAAGACACUUUAAUGGCAGUUUCACGCUCACCAUGUCUCAUCAAAAGACCCAUUUUGAAAUGGGUUUCCUUAGUUUCUUCUUUUUGUUCAGUUUCUUGCACAAGCCAUGUUCAAUUAGGCCCUCAAAAGUCCAUAAAUCCCUCAACUGCCAUGGAUUUCGAAUCCUCCAUUGAUUUCCUGAGAGAUAAGCUCUUGCCCAACAGAUUAAUUAGGGUUUUGGGUUCAACGAGUGAUCCAAAUUUAGCUGUUCAGAUAUUCAGAUGGGCCUCUGUUCAAAAGCGCUUCCAUCACACCUCUGAGACCUACUGUCAAGUGAUAUUAAACCUUGGUAUUAAUGGGAAAAUUGAGGAAAUGGAAGGUUUUCUUGAUGAAAUGAUCAAAAGGGCGUGUCCAGAGACAGAAGAUAAAUUUGUUUUUGUGAUUGAGGCCCUUUGUAAAAGACACAGGUUGAAAGAAGCUCUUCGGGUUCUCAAAAGCGUGCACUCUGUUAACUGUAAACCUACUUUAGUACCCCAUAAUCUUCUUUUGAAAUAUAUGGUUGAAGAAAAUGAUUUGAAUUCUGUUUGUUUUGUUUACAAGGAAAUGGUAAAAGCUGGAAUAGUGCCCAAUGUUGAAACUUUGAAUUUUAUCAUUGAAAUUUUAAUCAAAACUGGGAGGGUAGAUUAUGCGAUGGACCAGUUUAGCCGAAUGAACAAAAAGGGUUGUGACCCAAAUAUCCGAACUUUUGAAAUUCUUAUUGGUUAUUUAUGUGAGAAAAGUUGUGUAGAUGAUGCCUUGAGAAUUUUAGAUGUAAUGCUUACUGCAAAUUGUAGCAUGAAUUUAAGUUCUAGCAAUAACAUAAUAGGUAGCCUUUGCAAGGUUAAUAAGGUAGAUGAAGCAAUUAGAGUACUGGAACUAAUGAAAGGUUCGGGUCUUUCUCCAAAUGUGCUUACAUACAGCCUUCUGAUUGGGAGUCUCUGUGAAACUUGCAAAAUUGAUGGUGCAGUAAGGCUCCUUAAGGAGAUGAUAGGUUCUGGAUUUACCCCAGAUUCUGCAAUUUAUACGUUUUUAGUUGAUGGGUUUUGUAGAGAAGAGAAGUUCUCGGAGGCUAUUGUCACUUUGGAGGAAAAUUGUGUGACUUGGCUUGCCCCCUAUGAUGCACUGUUGCAAGGGUUUUGUAACAAGUCUAUGUUUCAGGAGGCCAUCUUCUUUCUCCAGAGAAUGAUUGGAUGUGGUUUUGCUGAUAGUGUUUCGUGGAACAUUUUGGUUAGAGGGCUUUGUACUAAAGGAGAAACUGCGACUGCUAUGAGUGUCCUUAAUAGAAUGAUUGUUUCUUCUUAUCAGCCAGAUGGUGGCACUUAUUCUUCACUCAUCUUGGGUUGCUGUAAAGUGAAGAAUUACGAAGAUGCUUUAGAGAUCUUUGAUUGGGUUAUGAACAAAGAUUGGGUUUUGGAUGAUAUUGCCUAUAGUGAACUUGUCGAUGGCCUUUGCCGGGCCAAGAAGAUUCAGGAGGUGGUCAAAGUGUUUGAGUAUAUAACCAGGAAAGGAUGCAUUCUCAAUGUUUCAUUGUUUAAUAAUAUGAUUGGUGAAUUUUGUAUGAUAGGAAGAGUUCGUGAGGCCAUCAAGCUUCGAUCUUCUGCAUUUUUCCAUGGCAUUUCCUCUGAUGCAACAACAUAUGCGACAAUUAUCUCUAAUUUAUGCAAUGAAAACAAAUCGAAGGCUGUUUUGGUCCUUUUCUCUCAGAUAUUGAAGGAGGGAUGUGUUUUAGAUGAAAGAAUCUACUGCCUUCUAAUACAGGCCUUUUGCAUGGAUGACAAAAUUAAUAAUGCAAUUAAUUUGUUAAAUAAGAUGAACAGUGAUGGGUUUUCUCCAGAUAAUGAAACACUUAUAACAAUGCUUUCUUAUUUGACGAACCAUGCCAAGAUGCACAUGGUGGUUAACAUUUUGGAAAGAGUAGUUUCUGUAGGAGAAUACCUAAAUUCCUCCUUAUAUAAUGUGAUUAUCUGUGGACUAUGGAAGGAAGGUCUAAAAAAUAAAGCUUGUGAUUUCUUGGAUAGGAUGGUGGAAAAGGGAUACGUUCCAGAUGUGGCCACUCAUUCUUUACUUACUGGAAAUGCUUCCCAAGAAGACUUGAAUGGUUUUAUGGAAACAACUGAGGAUCCUCUCAUGGAUGACGUGGUUAGCAAUAUAUUGGUUGAAGGGCUGGGAAACAAUUAAUGAUCUUAUGCUUGAUGGAUGUUGAGUUUCUAAAGCUUCAUGUAAUCCCUAAUUAGCUCCUGCCCGUUGGAAAAAACGGAAAAAGAUAACUUCAUAUUUAGGUCACUGGGGUUGUCGACAAUUACCUGUUCAGAGUGUCAAUGCCAGAAUCCUAGGGUAGAACUGAUUGCAAGCAACCAUGAAAAGGAGUUUAGCUUUCAGCAUGUGUAGGCAGUGACUUGAUGGAACUAUGCUGGCUGUUAAGAUCUUGUUGGCAAAGUUGAUUAGUUUGUUGCUCUCAGGGUUUUAAUGGUGCUGCGGAUGGCCAUUCUUGGGCUUCUUACUCUGAGGUGCUUGAGCAUCUUAAAAGAUUCCUCAUUGAGGAUGCGGCUAUUUGAAACUUCGGCUUGCACAUCCUGGAAGAUAGACACUUGACGGAAUCCAUGUAGGGGAGAGGCCAUAAAAUAUUUUAGUGUCCCAGUAUUCUUGUUCGCUUCCUUUCAAGCUAAACAGAUUAAGUUGGUCUUUGAUAACUUUCACUGCAGUUUCCUUGGGAAAAUCCGUACGGCUGACUUUCCUGGAUUCUGGGAGCUAAAAUUUACAGAGCUUAAUGUGGACUUGUUCAGAAUGCUUCAAUGUAUGGAGUGGGAACCAAGUGGCUGUUUGAAAAGGUAGGUGGAGUCGAGUGAAAGUGCUUGUGGUGAGGCUGGAGUUGCUAUACCAAAGCGAUUCACAUAUAGUGAGGGUCCAGUUCAUCAUCCUUUGCCACCAAAUCCACGAAAAGCCAUUUUGUAUCUUCCAGCUGUUACACAGUUCACUUCGGUAACUCUGGUUGAGUAAGCUUAGUAUCUUAAGUAUAAUCUGUUUGCUACUGCUCUAUUUACUUUGUUUCCCGUGCAUUGUUGUUGCUGCUCUCUGUUGAACCUGGGGUUUCAUGAGCCGAAAAUCCCACCAGGUAUUUCAGGUUAACUAGAAAUGGAAUAAUAAGCAAAAAAUAGUAGUACUGGAAAUGUGUUCUAUUCUUUUCAUAAAAUAAAAUAUCUGUUUGGAGCAAAGCACGUGCACGUCCCAGAGGCAGGCAUCAGUUUGUGUCAGCAUUGUGUAACAUGCCAUCGUUGUCCUUGUGUUUGACACCUGGUGCAAGAGCUCGUGCUGCAACAGGCCCAGAAGCAACUCCUCUGAAAUCUUGUUGAUGACAAUUCAGGUAAUUGUGAAUAUGGAAUUGCGGGCGAACUCCUCUUCAAAAGUAAUAUGCCUUCAUGACUCCUGCUUGCUGCAUGUCCAAGGCCAGAGGGAGGCUGUCAGACCGGAAGUUAAUGAGAGGACACAUGUUUCUUAUCACAGUCAUAUUAACCUGAGAAACUGUUUAAGACCCUACAGCCUUUGUAUUUCUUGAAUAGCUCUGUGCCCUAUCUCUUUGUAAAGGGCGAGCUCACUAUGUAUCCCUAGAGACAUCUUUGGUCGGAAGGCUGGGAGCUAGUUAGUAAUAAUGUAAUGCAUUAAUUGUAGCUUGACAAAUACAAUUUGUGGAUGUAUGUGACAUUGUUCUUAUCUCACUUCUAGCAAUAUGUGAUUAUGA